AUGGCCGCGAAAGCAGGCCCCUCCACCUCCACUUCCGCCCCCUCCUCCGCCCCUAAUGCAUACGCCAAACCCAACCGGCGCGCCCAGCCCGCCGGCGUCCCCUCCCAACCCGCCAAAAUCGCCAAAAACAAGCGAUUACCAGCUACGAUGGUUACUCCGACUGGCUCGAUCCAGCCGUCCAAGAAGGCCAAUGCGAAGGAUAAGCAGGCGAGUAAGAAGCAAAAGGCGCGGAGGGAGGAGGGGAAGGAGAAGGCUGUAGAGCUGGCGAAGAGGUUGGAGGAGAAGGUGAAGGGGAGGGAGGAGCGAAAGGCUAAGCGGAAUCGGGCGAAGAAUGCUUGGGAGUAG